AAAGCUAUUAAGUUAGUUAAGCUUUUAUAUAGUUUUACUAUUCUUUAUUAUAAUAUUAGGCCGCAUAAUUUCCUUUUAAAUAACCGUUUACGUUUUAAAAUUAUUAACUUUUUUAAAUUAGCCGUUAACGGCUCUUAUAUUAAAAUUAACCCUAGUACUUAA